AUGAAGUCUCUGUCCAUGAUGGUGGGCCUGGUCCCCGUCGUGUCCCUCUGCGGUUUGUUCUUCUCUGCCGCCGUGGACGACGACUUCCCCGAGGGCUGCAGCAGCAGCAGCAGCGUGUGCUUCUACAGUCUGCUGCUGCCGCUCACCGUCCCCGUCUACGUCUUCUUCCACCUGUGGAGCUGGAUGGGCCUCAAACUCUUCAGACAUAACUAAUGGAGCACAGCACAUCUUUAUCGACAUUACAGUGAAAGCAAACGCUGCAGCUGCUGUGACGGGAAACAACACGACAUCGAUUAAAGGUCAAUGAUGAUUCUGUUUAAUAACAAAUGAAAACCUCUGUGAUAAUCUGACUGUUGCCGUGGUAACGUACAGUUGUUCAGAAAUGACCUUUGACCUCAUCACAGCCUGUAUUUGGAUGUCCAGACAACGAAAAAAACAAUAAAAUGUAUGUUCAUAGAAACA